GGGUCGCCUGAUAAGUUUUGUUUAGCUGUAAGUCUUCAAAUACAUACUUUUAUGCUUUCAUAGCACCAAGACGACAACAUUAUAAUAUUUAUUUACUAAGUAAACGUCUGUCCGGUGGUUUAGUAGCUUAUCUGGCGUUUAUUAGAACGAUAGUGUGAGCUAGCGACCCACCUGUUGAUAUAGCGAGCAUCUUUGUUUACGUUUAGCGUAGCUAGGCUAGCUGUGUUGUUGAGCUAGUUGUUCGUGGUCUUUACAUUUACAAACAUACACACAUGUUGGACGUGUUGCUUGAGCAACCUGAAGUUAACCUGAACAAGUCGAGACACAUUGUAGAUAAACUGAAGUCAGCAUGAACUCAUUGAUCUAAUGUUUGAGAACGAGGGGAGUUUAGCCGAAGAUGUGGUCACUGUGCUUCGAUUCACGGAGCUCAGUCUGCAAAGUUUGGGACAGAAAUUGAGUCAGUCAGUUGGACAUGACUACAGAGGUGAAGGUGAGCAGAAGAGUCCUGGCUGCCUGAGCUCACAAGACCUGCAGACACCUGAUGGUCCUCCAUCACAGUCAGGCUGUGUUUGCCAGGAGAGGCCUCUUAGUGGGACGACUGAGAGACGUGCGCUUGCUGGCGGUCUAAGCCCACCUUCCUCUGACUGUAAGACCAGGUCAUUAGGCAUGGACUCUUAUUCUUCAAGGAAGAAAGGGGGCUGUGUGCGUCAGGAGAACGCCUGUCUGACCUUGCAGGAUGAGCAGCUUAUCAGCGACCUUGAUGCUAUGCAGUAUGAAUUGGCCACCUCCAAGUCGCAGGUCCGUUUCAGAGGCCCCAGGAUGGGGGUUGAAAACGGUGUAGUGGUCAUGAGUGAGCAGAUUCGUCUGCUUCAGGCAAAGCUGGAGACUCAAGCCACAGAACUAAAGGCUGCAGAGCUGAGGGCGGACUGUAGCCAGGAAGCAGCAGCUCACGGUGACAUUUUGGUGGCGACACUUACUGAGGAGCUGAGCGCGCUCAGAGAAGAGCUAGAGACCAACACAGCACUGGGCAAACGGGCUGAGCAACAAAGGAACCAAGCACUUCAAAAUGCAGAGAAACUCAAAGAAGCCUUUAAAGACUAUAAGGCUACCAUUUCUAUUAAACUGAAGAGGGUGAUGGAGAGCGAGAGCAAACUAAAAGAGAGUCUUGUUGAGUGUGACAGAGAAAAAGAGGAGUUGGAAGUGAAGUGCACAGUAUUGGAGAAAGAAAAGGUAGAACAGAGCCAAACAAUAAGCCGGCUGAGGGAUGAGGGGAGGCAGGUCAAGUCUGCGUCUGCUGGCCUCCAGGCUCAACUGGAGGAAGCCGGACAAAAGGUCUUACAUCUUGAACGGCAGCUUAUGGAACGGGGUGCAGAGUUCAGGGAGCUGGCCUCUCUGCGAAAGGAGCUGGAAAACCAGCGCACUCUGACCCAGAACCAGGAGCAGAGGGUCGCCCAGAGCCACAGAGAGGCUCAGCAGAGCCAGGCGGAGCUGUCCAGCCUGGAGGCCAUACUGGCCCUGCUGCAUCUACGAGAGGGGGCUGUGGGGACGCUGUGCGUCAGGCCCUGCAUGUUUCCCCCACUGAACUAUUCAGGAACAGCACACCUACUGAAGCUAAAGCCAGGCGAAGGCUACCAGCAGCUGCUGCCAGUGCUGCAGUCGAUGGAGACUGAGCGGACCAAACAGAACAGCCUGGUUGAGCGGCUUCAGGAGCGUUUGAGCAGAACCCAGGAGGAGGUCUCCUCGCUGCAGAGCUCCAUGGCCCAGAGAGCCUCCCACUAUCAGAGCCUCCACACGGAGCUGCUGGACAAGGUCAGCCAAGCCACUGACACAGAGAAAGAGUUGAAAAGAAAAAGUGCUCGCGUGGCUUCGCUGGAGAAACAGUUACAGGAGAAAACCUCGGCCUACAGUCAGGCUGCACUGACGAACACUGAGCUGGAGAAUCAGCUGCUGGAGAAAACCAGCACCCUUCAGCAUUACCAGUCACUGAUGACCAAAAAGCAAAGAGAGUACCAGCAGUCUUUGGACAAGUGUAAAAACUCACAAUCUCAACAACUCACGGAGCAACAGCACAGAAUAGAAAUGUUGCAGCAGUCUGUAGAGGCGACUCAGUCUGGGAUGUUUGAGAUGGAGCAGGAGCUGAGCUCACUCCAGAGGGAGCGGGACGAGGCUCAGGCCGAAGCUCUUCUGCUGCAGAGCUCCGUGGACCAACUCACACAGCAGCGGCAGGUUGAAGUAAGACACAAUGAGGAGUUGCUGCAGAGUUUCAAAGAGCAGGCGGCUCAGUCUGCUACCAAGGUGUGCGAACUACAGUCGUCUCUGUCAGCGUGUAGAGAGGAGCUGAACUUAAACCUGCAACAGAUGGACGAGAUAAAGAAGAACUAUGAGAGUGAGCUGCGGAAGAACAAUGACAGGGUGUCCUCUCUGCAGGAGAAGCUCCACGGUGCCAGCCUGGUUUGUCAGAGCUCCAGUGAGCAAAACCUGCAGCUGCAGCUCUCCCUCCAGCAGCAGCAGACCAUGCUGACUGAGAGCACUGCUCACAUCUCUGAACUGGAGGAAAGUCAGAGCCAGCUGCAGGAACAGGUGUCCAGUCUGGAGCAGCAGCUGGAACGAGCUCGGGCCUCUCUGCAGGCUGAGGUAAGGAUCAGAGAGCAGGACGCCCAGGAGAAAGACCAGGACCUGCAGGAGAUGAGCCAGCAGAACACACACCUGUCUGAGUCUGUCAGCCACCUGACCUCAGAGAUGACAAAGUGUCGAGGGGAGCUGGUGUCUAAAGACUCGGAGCUGCAGCGGUUGAGGAGGGAGGUCAACGCAAAGAUUUCUCAGAUCAGCCGCAUGGACGAAAGCCUGCAGCACAUGAAGAGGCUGAUCGACAGCAAGAGUGACAUGGUGAUGGAUCUGGAGGAGAAGCUACAUCGCUGUGAGGCAGACAAGCUCAACUGUGUCCAGCGGGCCCAGAUCCUGGAGGGACAGCUUCAGGCGGUGCAGGGAGAGUUGGCUGAGACUCUGGAGCAACUACGGGAACUCAGAGAUGUUCUACAAAGAACCCAAACCACUGCAGAAGAGCGGCAAGCCUCCGUGGAAAAACUGACUGUCCAACUUAGUGAGACCCAGAGGGAGUUGGAAGAGAGAACUCACGAGGUCUUAGACAUGGACAAUGCACUGAAGGAGAGACAGGGGGAGCUCCAACAGAGAGCACAGCUGCUGGGUCAGCUGGAAGUGGCCAUCAGAGAUCACAAGCAGGAGAUGGAGAGGAAGGCGGAGUCUUUGCAGCAGAGCCUGCAGGCCAGAGAGAGGGAGCUGAGAGACACACAGAGGGAGCUCACGGACAGAAACAUGAAGGAGUCCCAGGAGCUCGGCCAGCAGCUACGUGUUUGUCAGCAAAAACUUCACACUUUACUGCAAGAACUUGAAGAAACUCAACAUCACUGUGAGGCUUUGACCAGAGAGCUGGACGCCACCAAGCUUCAGACCAAAGAGAAGGAGGUCAGGCUGGGCGGUGUGGAGGAGGAGCUGGCUCUGAAGGAGGCCCGCUGGCUGCAGCUGGAGGCCGAGUUGCAGAGCAUGGUCACCUCUUUAGAGCUGGAGCUGGACUUGGAGAGGGAGCAGCACAGCAAAGAGCUGGAGUCCCUGCAGCAGACUCGAGGUCAGCUCCUCAAGGUCUCCGAGCAAAUCUCCUCCACCAUGCUCUCCUCCCAGGAGCAGCUUGCAGCUAAACUUCAGCAGAGCCAGAACCAACUGGAGGAAGCCCAAACCCAGCUGGAGCGAACUAAAACGCAGUUGGAUUGCACCCGCAACCAAGUCAGUCACCUCCAAACUCAGAGAGACCAGACCCAGACCCAGCUCCUUCAGAGUAAAACCCAGCUGGAGCAAAGCAGGAUUCUGUAUGAGCAGACCAGAGCCCAGAAUAGUCACCUCCAUGCCCAGCUGGAGCAGCUCAGCAACCAGUUAAAUCAAGCCAAAGUCCAGGUGUGCCGGCUCCAGAAUGAGCUCCAGGCCUCCAAGGAAUCCAUGGAGACGUCUAACGAGUCCCUGCUCAUCAAGGAGUCUGAGGCGACCCGUCUCCAAGCCAGGAUCUCCUGUCUGGAGCGAGCUGCCGACCACCAGCAUUUGUACAGUCACACACUCUCCCUGCCUGCUCUGCACACAUUAACUCGCUCCCCAGAGAACUCCCCCUCUGCUCACUUCCCUCCCGCCUCCCCCAAAAUGCAAACAUCUCUCCCUUCUUCUAAAAACACUCACUCGUCUCGCCUCCUCUCUCCAACGCACACGAGGCCUUGCUCAUCGCCCCCUGCUCACACGUACCUUCAGCCCAUCUCUUCCCCUCAUCGGUCCAACCAAACAGAGAGCCACCAAACAUGUGACUGGCUGCAGAGAAGCAGCAUCGCCUCCUCUCUGGAUCUCCCUCUGAGUCUGAAGGCCACACUGAGGGAGGCUUUGGGCAAGCACCCGUGGGAGUCCUCCUCCACCUCCAUCUCCUCUUUCCCGGACACAGCGGACCACAGCUGGCAGGGCCUCAGCGACACUGAGGCCAUAGCGACCUCUGACCUCUCCUUCAACCCCCUCACAUACAUGGUGGAUAAGCGAGAUGACAUAAACCUCAACGUGGAAGCUACCUCCAUGCAGGAGAGAGACAAGGAGCAGACGAGUGAGUCGAGGAGGGAGUCUGUGAGCACUCUGGUGGGUCCGGAGGAGGAGGCGGAUAUGAGUUCACUCACAGGGAUGCUGAGGUUUGUUAAUCAGACGUUAGCCAUGCAGGAGGAUCCUUCUUUAUGGAGCUCCACAGGGCUGUCACAGACCGGACGCUUCCUCACACUCCAGAGGGACGUCAAGGAGACGUGAAGCUGUGUUGCCAAGGAGACGCACAGACAAGAGAAGAGCUGUUUACAUUGGUGUCAUCCUUUUGUCAGGGCACAUGUAAUAUACAUCCAAUAACAUCUCUCUUUUAAUCUGUACUGUUGGUGUGUGUUAUUGAAAUCAAGCUGCAAUAUUGUGUGUCAGGGAGAUAACGAUGAGUUUAGAUUACCUCUACUUCCCAGUCUGUUAAUGAUCUUCUAUGAUGUUUUUUCCUGCAGUAUAAAUGUAGCAUUUCAUGUUGAAUCUUGUCCUAACAGAUAUUUAUAUAUUUUACACCAUUUUAAAUAAGUUAAGUGAAUAAAAUGUGUUUUUAUAGAAGGAUUCUUGUCUUCCACUGUUAUUGUUAGUUAUUUUCCGUAGAAAUGUGAAGCCCUGUUUUCACUAACAUCCGUUUGGAUGUUCCCACGCUGCUGGUCACUGUGGGGUCGUGUUACCAGAACAACUGGCAGCUUCUUGUCCAGGAGAAUAAUUUGUGGCUCAGGGUCCUGAAGGGAGUCAUGCAUAAUUGAAUACAGAUUCUAGCUGGAAAUAUUGGAUUUGGCACUCUCAUGUAGUUUAUAUAAGAAGAACACCAGA